AUGGCUCAAGCACACAUCAUAUUCUACGAUAUCAUUUCCUCUCUCGACCCUCCAGCAUGGUCGCCCAACACCUGGAGGGUUCGCUAUGCCCUCAACAUUAAGGGUAUUCCCUACGAAACAGUGUGGGUAGAAUACCCUGACAUCGAGGACGUUUGCAAGGAGAUAGGUGCAGCGCCCACCAGUACGAUUGCACCCCAUUAUACUCUCCCGGUCAUUCAAGACAAAUCAACUGGUGUUGUCAUAUCCGACGGGCCAUUGAUCGUUGAAUAUCUCGACAAGCAGUAUCCCGACACCACGCAACUCUUUCCCCCUGGAACCAUAGCUUUGCAAGCCGGGUUCACUUCUGCUCAUGGUAGCGCGAUAUCACCAAUCAACCAUUUAUCAUUGCGGAGGACCAACGCCAUUCUGAACCCUCGCAGUCAGGAAUACAUCAGGCGCACCCGUGAGCAAGCUGCUGGUAAGAAGAUCGAAGAAAUAACACCCGUUGGGGAAGCCCGUGCAGUGGGGUGGGAGAAAUACAGGGGAGGUCUUGGGAAGGUCGAUAGUUGGUAUCAGAAGAGCGAAGGCCCUUUUGUGAUGGGAGAGUCCAUCACGUUUGCAGACAUCACGGUGGUUUCGUGGCUCGUCUUUCUGAAGAUCAUCUUUGGAGAGGAUAGUCAAGAAUGGAAGGACAUCGCGGGUUGGCACAACGGCCGAUGGGAGAGGCUGGUCAACACAUUUGCAAAGUAUCAAUAUUGA